CAGCAGAGAGCUGAGGCGUGAGGCCCCGGUCCGCCCGGCGGCCUUGAGGCCGCGAGAGGUGGCUAGUGGGCCGCCCUCCGGGGCCGCCGGAGCGGAGGGGGCAGGAGUGGACGCUCGAGAGCCCCGCGCGGCCGCUGGGAAGGUGGAGGAGGCUCUGCGUACCUCCCGCCCUCCGGCCGCCGCCCCCUCGCUGGCCCUGCAGCCGCCGCCACCGCCUCGGGCUCCCGCACCAGGCCCGGCGGCCUUGGCUGGAGAAGGAGGGCGGCGUGCACGCCCGGAGCCACCGGAGAUGGCGGGAGGGCACUGCGGCAGCUUCGCUGCGGCGGCGGCCGGCAGCGGCGAGAUCGUCCAGCUGAACGUGGGGGGGACCAGAUUCAGUACCUCAAGACAGACUCUCAUGUGGAUUCCAGAUUCUUUUUUUUCCAGCUUGCUGAGUGGAAGAAUUUCAACACUUCGAGAUGAAACUGGUGCUAUAUUUAUUGAUAGAGAUCCAGCAGCAUUUGCACCCAUUUUAAAUUUUCUUCGGACGAAAGAACUAGACUUAAGGGGAGUGAAUAUUAAUGUUCUCAGACAUGAAGCAGAAUUUUAUGGAAUUACUCCACUAGUAAGGAGGCUUCUUUUGUGUGAAGAACUGGAACGUUCAUCAUGUGGCAGUGUCCUGUUCCAUGGUUACUUGCCUCCACCAGGUAUUCCCACUCGUAAAAUAAACAACACGGUCAGAUCUUCUGCUGAUUCUCGAAAUGGACUAAAUUCUGCAGAAGGUGAAGCUCGGGCAAAUGGUACCCAGCCUAUUCUCUCUGGAACUGGAGAAGAGACUGUUCGUCUCGGCUUUCCUGUGGAUCCACGAAAGGUGCUAAUAGUAGCUGGCCAUCACAACUGGAUUGUAGCUGCAUAUGCCCAUUUUGCCGUGUGCUAUAGAAUCAAAGAAUCUUCAGGAUGGCAGCAGGUGUUUACAAGCCCUUAUUUGGACUGGACUAUUGAACGGGUGGCUUUAAAUGCAAAAGUUGUUGGAGGUCCACAUGGAGACAAAGACAAAAUGGUUGCUGUUGCCUCAGAGAGCAGCAUCAUCUUGUGGAGUGUUCAGGAUGGAGGAAGUGGAAGCGAAAUAGGAGUGUUCAGCCUUGGUGUUCCUGUGGAUGCUCUCUUCUUCAUUGGUAACCAGUUGGUGGCCACAAGCCAUACAGGGAAAGUAGGAGUGUGGAAUGCUGUCACUCAACACUGGCAGGUUCAAGAUGUUGUUCCUAUAACAAGUUAUGACACUGCUGGGUCAUUCCUACUGCUGGGAUGUAACAAUGGAUCAAUCUAUUACAUAGAUAUGCAGAAGUUCCCUUUACGGAUGAAGGAUAAUGAUCUUCUUGUAACUGAACUCUAUCAUGAUCCCUCAAAUGAUGCUAUUACUGCUCUCAGUGUUUACCUCACGCCCAAAACAAGUGUCAGUGGUAACUGGAUUGAGAUUGCCUAUGGUACAAGCUCUGGAGCAGUGCGAGUGAUUGUACAGCACCCGGAGACAGUUGGGUCAGGCCCUCAGCUUUUCCAGACUUUCACAGUCCACCGAAGCCCUGUAACGAAAAUCAUGCUGUCAGAGAAGCACCUUGUGUCAGUGUGUGCAGAUAAUAAUCACGUUCGUACUUGGACAGUAACGCGAUUUAGAGGAAUGAUCUCUACCCAGCCAGGUUCUACUCCUUUAGCAUCAUUCAAGAUCCUAUCUCUGGAGGAGACAGAGAGCCAUGGGAGCUAUUCUUCUGGAAAUGACAUAGGGCCUUUUGGUGAACGAGAUGAUCAGCAGGUGUUUAUCCAGAAAGUUGUUCCCAUCACUAACAAACUGUUUGUAAGACUCUCAUCUACUGGGAAAAGAAUAUGUGAGAUCCAAGCUGUUGAUUGUACUACAAUAUCCUCAUUUACAGUGAGAGAGUGUGAGGGAUCCAGUAGGAUGGGCUCAAGGCCAAGGCGCUAUUUGUUCACAGGCCAUACAAAUGGUAGCAUUCAAAUGUGGGAUCUGACCACUGCUAUGGAUAUGGUUAACAAAAGUGAAGAUAAAGAUGUAGGUGGUCCAACGGAGGAAGAGCUACUGAAGUUACUGGAUCAGUGUGAUCUCAGCACAUCCCGCUGCGCCACUCCUAACAUCAGUCCAGCAACAUCUGUGGUUCAGCACAGCCGUCUGAGGGAAUCAAACUCCAGCCUUCAACUUCAGCACUAUGAAACCAUCCAUGAAGCAGCUACAUACAGUUCUGUGAGGCCUUACAGAGAGAGUCCCUUGCUAGCAAGGGCGAGAAGGACUGAAAGCUUUCACAGUUAUCGGGACUUCCAGACUAUUAAUUUGAACAGAAAUGUAGAAAGAGCUGUCCCUGAAAAUGGCAACUUGGGUCCAAUACAAGCUGAAAUGAAACGAGCAACAGGGGAGUGUAAUGUAUCUGAAAGAAAGUCUCCUGGAACAGAAAUAAAAAGUUUGAAAGAAACAGAUAGUGGAUUGGAAGCUCAUAAAAUAACUGAAGGUUUUUCAGAGUCCAAGAAAAAGUCAUCAGAAGAUGAAAAUGAAAAUAAAGUAGAAUUAAGGAAGAAAGGAGGAUUUGAAGGAGGAGGAUUCCUGGGGAGAAAGAAAGUUCCCUAUCUCGCAUCUUCCCCGAGUACUUCUGAUGGAGGUACUGACUCACCUGGUACUGCAUCCCCAUCUCCCACCAAGACUACGCCAUCUCCUCGGCACAAGAAGAGUGAUUCUUCAGGUCAGGAAUACAGCUUGUGAAAACACAUCAAAAUAGAUAGCUGUUUUGUUAAAUAUAGAUGAAAAUCAAAUUUUACUAGCUCUGAAAUGAGUUUUUACAUCAAAGCUUUACAAAUUAAACUUCCUGUAGUAUCUUUUUAACAAUUACCAAGAGUAAAGGAGUUAAAAUAUAAAAAUAACUUUACUACUUCAUGUUUUUGUUUUGUUUUGGUCGGUUUUCAGUUUUACGUUUAAUGGAAUCAUUUCUAAAUCACAAGUCAGCAUCUACAUUUAGCUGCUGUUUGUUGAUGGAAGGCAAAGCAUCAUGCCUUAAGAGGAUGGUACCUGUAUGUCAUGUGAGCAUCCUCUUAGAAUGGGGACUGCCACACUGUUCUUAGUCUUGAUUAUGCCUGGGACUUGUCUUGCAGUGUCAUCGUAAGUGAAUCACAUAACUCUCUUCAGAACUUGAUCUCCCCACCCUUAUUAUAUUUGCAAAGUGUUUACCAGAUAUUUGAAUGAGGUGCUAUUUGUGUG